CUUAUUUCAUUUUUUAGGUCUAUUUCGUUUUUUUAACCUUGACCUCAGGUGAUCUCCUGGACCCGACAGAUGUGCUCACCAGAAUGUACAGUAGCUAAGUGUGUAUACUUACUACUAUCACCAAAACGUGUGUAAAAACAGAAUGCCUAAAACAAAAGAAGUGCUGUCCUCCACAUCUGGAAGUGACUCUGAUAGUGAGGUUGAAACCAAGGCAAAGAGAAAGAAGUCCGCUACACCAGAAAAAACGGUUAAGAAACCAAAAAGUGGAGAGAGUUCAAAGCCUGGAGGUUCUUCCAAAGGCAGCAGUAACACCGAUGACAACAUGUUUCAGAUUGGAAGGAUGAGAUACGUCAGUGUCCGGGACUUCAAAGGUAAAGUUCUGAUCGACAUCAGAGAAUACUGGACGAACUCGGACGGUGAUAUGAAGCCUGGGAAGAAAGGUAUCUCUCUGAACCCUGAACAGUGGAACCAACUGAAGGACCAGAUUUCAGAAAUCGACGAUGCCAUUAAGCGAGUAUAAGCAUUCCAUCCAAUACCAUGUGUAAAACUUUUGCAAGUGUUGGGCUACCCUGUUUUGUAAAAAGCCUCGGAUUCUUUAACGGACUCUGAUGAAAUGUUUUAUUUGUAAUGCUUAUUUAGUUGUUGUUUUCAUGUCAAGCUUGUUCAGCUAUUGUAGUUCAGCUAGUACCAUCGUAGUUGGUGGGUGGGUGUGGCACAUUACAGUUCAUAACUAAGGGGGGGAACUAAGUUGAUUUACUGUCUUACUGUGAAUCAACUUACAUGUUUGACCUUUUUUUUUUUUAAGCCGAUCUUUAACUUUGUAGUACUGAUACGGUUACUGCAUAAUUCAGACAGCUAAGCUCAUUGGGUGCAAUUCCUAUAGACUAUUAGGGCCAAAGUUUUUCCAAAUAAAUGGCAUCAUUGAAAA